CAGAUAAGUCCAAGGAUGGAUAGGCGGUUUAUUAAUUCUUUUAAAACUUGGUCUGGGGAACUUGAGAGGCAGUUAUCAAUUUUAAGUGGAAAGCAGAUUGAACCAGAACCUGAACCAGAACCAGAGGUCAAUAAUGUUUCACAGAAUGCUGAGAUUGAGAUUUUACCUGUAAAUCGUUACUUUGAUGCCUUAGAAGGGCCUGAAUUGGGUGCCCUUAGAGAUUCAGAUGAGGAGUUGGUGCUCCUAGAAGCAGAAGACAAGAAGUGGCCAUUCCUUCUCCGAUUUCCAAUAAAUUCAUUUGGUAUCUGCCUUGGUAUUGGUAGCCAAGCCGUGUUGUGGAGAGACUUAUCAACCACCAAAUCCAUGAGCUUUCUCCACAUUAGCCUCACUGUCAACCUUGUCACAUGGUGUAUUGCUCUUGCUCUUGUGCUCAUUGUUUCCUUCAUCUACUCUCUGAAACUCAUUUUUUACUUUGAAGCAGUUCGUCGUGAGUUCUUCCAUCCUAUCCGUGUCAACUUCUUCUUUGCCCCAUGGAUAGCUGCUCUGUUCUUAGCUAUUAGUCUCCCACCUUUGGUUGCCACAUUUAUUCAUACACCUAUCUGGUACAUUCUUAUGAUUCCAAUUUUAUGUCUUGAUCUUAAAAUCUUUGGACAAUGGAUGUCUGGAAGUCAGAGAAGACUAUCAAUGGUGGCUAAUCCUGCAAAUCAUAUAGCAAUUGUUAGUAACUUCUUGGGUUCAUAUCUGGGUGCUUCUAUGGGUCUUAAAGAAGGGCCUAUCUUCUUCUUUGCUAUUGGAUUGGCACAUUAUAUCGUCCUAUUUGUAACACUCUUCCAGAAACUUCCAACAAAUCAGACGCUUCCAAAGGAUUUACAUCCAGUGUUCUUCCUUUUUCUUUCAACACCCAGUGUUGCUUCUAUUUCAUGGGCACUAAUUCAAGGGGUAUUUGAUUAUGGAGCCAGGAUUCCAUUCUUCCUUUCUUUGUUCCUAUAUUUCACACUGGCGGUUCGAAUUAAUUUUUUUCGAGGUUUCAGGUUCUCUUUGACAUGGUGGGCUUACACUUUCCCAAUGAGUGGGGUAUCUAUUGCCAGCGUUGCCUACUCUGAUGAAGUUACAACCCUAUUUACCAAGAUUCUAACAGUUGCUCUCUCUGGCAUUUCGACUCUCGUAGUAAUUAUUAUGCUCAUCACCACUAUCUUCCAUGCCUUUGUGUUGCGAGAUCUCUUUCCAAAUGAUAAAGCCAUAGCUAUUUCAGAGAAAAGGUCAGAGACAGGGAAGAAACAGUUUCAUCUGCGAUCUAGAUGCUCAGAUACCCAAGACAUUGAAGCUUCUUUGAAAGCAGCAGAGAGCUCAGAUGAUGAAUCUAGAGCUUCUGACGCCUACAUCGACAUUGGAAAUUAG